AUGACGACAAGCGACAUUAUGAUACAGUUGGCCGGCGACUGCAAAGAUCUACACAUGUACGAUCAUGAACUGAGUUGCCAUGAAAAGCACCUUAUGUUAUUUUCUAAUGGAAACCUUACGCCGGAUUAUGACAUUAUUUCUGGCCUUUACUUCAGUAUCAUCGGUAUUUACACAAAGUAUAAGCCGGAUUACGAACAAGCGCUUCGAUAUCAUGCCAUGAGAAAUCAAAUGAUCACGGAGGACAUGGUAUACAUACUUAUACAGAAAUUGUAUAUAAAAGAGAAUAUGGUAGUAGCCGCUGCUGACAGUCACAUGCAAUUAGCACUUAUUCAUUUAGCAUUUCAUGAAUACGAUUUAUCUUACGUGUGUUUUCAAAUCGCUUUACAGAUGGUCGAUGGAAUAGAACUGGAUAUGAAAAAACAACAUUUGGCUACGAUUGAACGAAAAUUGGCUCUUGUUUGCUCGAAACAAAAGAAAUAUGCUGCAGCAAAUGAACAUCUUGAGAAGGCCAUAAAAUAUUAUCAGGAAGAUAAUCCACGUGAAAACAAUGAGAAAGUGAUUGUCUACAUUCAAGAAAGAAUUGCAGAUAAUUGCUGUGGAUUGGAUAACUUUACUGCAGCUAUUGAAUAUUAUUUGGAUGCAUCAAAAUUUUACGCCAGCAACAAUUGUAUUUCAGGUCACGAUGAUGAAGAAUCACUUUAUUUUGGUGCCGACAGACUUGCAAGUAUAUCAGAAAAACUAGCUGAUAUCUUCGUUAAAUUACAUCAGUAUACUAUCGCCAAAAAAUUACUGAUCAUGAGCUUGAGUAUCCACUACGAUGGUAUGCCUGACCUUGAGGAAUUUCAGACAAUAAGCGAAUCUCGUGAUGAAACAUCAGUUGAAGAAGUUGCUGUUCAAAUGGAGAUGCUUUUAGGCAAGUUAAAGAAUAUAGAGAUGAAGAACGAUGAUGCAACACAACCUGCGCAAUACGAACAUUCGAUUACGAUCUUACUUGAAGAUUAUUCCGUAUGGAGACAAAGAAGUCGAUCAAAGCCGCCACGUCAAAUAGAAACAAGUUCGGAUGGUUACAAGAUAAUUGAAGAUGCCAAUCUUAUUCGCUUUAUCAUCCAUAAAAAUAAACAGAAAUAUAUCUGA